UCCCUGCAUAAAAUUUGAGAGCAUUAGAGAGAGAGAAGCUGAAAGAAAGAAAAAACUAACCUUCUCUCUUGUUUCUUGUUCUUCAACAUCGUCAAUGGCGUCUGCUACCAUUCUCAAGUCUUCAUUUCUGCCAAAGAGAUCAGAAUGGGCUGCCACCAGUCGGUCACCGACUAGUCGCCAGCCUGCUGCUGUGUGCUUCACCGUCCGUGCAGGCUCAUAUGCUGAUGAACUCGUCAAGACUGCUAAAACUGUUGCUUCACCUGGAAGGGGAAUCCUGGCCAUGGAUGAAUCUAAUGCUACUUGUGGGAAACGUCUCGCUUCUAUCGGGCUGGAGAACACUGAAGCCAACAGGCAGGCUUACAGGACCCUUCUAGUCUCAGCUCCUGGUCUGGGACAGUAUAUUUCCGGCGCAAUUCUCUUUGAGGAGACUCUCUAUCAAUCAACAACAGAUGGAAAGAAGAUAAUCGAUGUUCUUGUUUCUCAGAAUAUUGUGCCAGGCAUCAAGGUUGAUAAGGGUCUUGUUCCACUAGCGGGGUCCAAUGACGAGUCCUGGUGCCAAGGAUUGGAUGGUCUGGCUUCACGGUGCGCCGCAUACUAUCAACAAGGAGCUCGAUUCGCCAAAUGGCGCACAGUGGUUAGCAUCCCUAACGGCCCAUCAGCACUUGCAGUAAAGGAAGCAGCCUGGGGCCUUGCUCGAUAUGCGGCGAUUGCUCAAGACAAUGGCCUUGUUCCAAUUGUGGAACCUGAGAUUCUUUUGGAUGGAGAGCAUAGCAUUGAUAAAACCUUCGAGGUUGCGCUAAAAGUAUGGGCUGAGGUCUUCUUCUAUUUGGCUGAAAAUAAUGUGUUAUUCGAAGGAAUCCUUCUGAAACCGAGCAUGGUAACGCCAGGGGCUGAGAGCAAGGAGAAGGCUACAGCUGAGCAAGUUGCAGAUUACACUCUUAAGCUUCUUCAUAGAAGAAUUCCACCAGCUGUUCCUGGAAUUAUGUUCCUUUCUGGUGGACAAUCUGAAGUAGAAGCAACUCAGAACUUGAAUGCAAUGAACCAGAGAAAAAACCCAUGGCAUGUCUCAUUCUCCUACGCUAGAGCACUGCAGAACACAUGCUUAAAGACCUGGGCAGGGAGACCGGAGAACGUGAAGGCAGCACAGGAUACGCUACUCAUUCGAGCCCAAGCCAACUCGCUCGCACAACUUGGGAAGUACACUGGUGAGGAUGAGUCGGCUGAGUCCAAAAAGGGGAUGUAUGUGAAGAACUAUAGCUACUAAGUGCUUGCAAUGUUCAUAGAUACUAAGGUGAAUGGAUUUGAAGGAAACAGAAGAUGCAGUCGUAAUGUCUAUGCUAUGUUUAUGGUACAAUGGCAAUAGAAACAUGUUGAGUACUAUGAUUAAGUUGAUUUUAGUAUGCUUAUCAAUGAUAAGUUAUGUUUCUAUCAUGUAAUGUAGCGAUGUUUUACUAGAAAAAGAACUAUCAAAUUUGGUAGUGUACUUCUAUGAUGUAAGAUUUUCUAGUGAGAAAGUUUCAGAGAUUGUCAUAAA